GUUUUGUAAAUUCACGUCCAGGACCAGCAACCAAUCAGAGCGCUCGCGCCUCUUGCCUCUGAUUCACUAUUGGACGCUAGACUCUGCUGCUCGCGAGCAGCUUUUGGUUUCCUGUCGGCGCGAGCAGGUGUCCAGAUCUCAACGGGCGGAACGUGACGUCACACCGGGGGUUACCAACAGCGAGUUUUGUUUUUUUUGUUGUUGUUUUUUUUUUUUCUAAAAAGCUGUCAGAAAACUCAGUGUGGAAGGAAACGCGGAAAACAAAACGGUUUGUGGAGAAGAGUUUUCCUAACGAGAGGCUCGCAUGCGGUCUUAUCACACAGGAGCAGAUGUAAUAUGAUGAUUUGAUAGGCGGAAAAUCCUCGAUGCAGAAGCAGAGCUGAUAACAGGGAGCUUUAACCUGACCGAUACCUCAGACUACAACCGGUGCUACACGAUAACCGGUGAGAAACUGUGGGGAAAUAUGAACAUAAUAAACCUGUGAAUGCAGUCUGUUCUUUGUACAGAGAAGCCAUGAAGAAGCCUGAAGUGUAGUAACGAACCGAAAGCACAGAAACUUGGACAGAUAACUGCAAGCAUGGAGCUGAAAAGCCAACACAGUGCCUAAAAUGCCUCCCUCAGGCAGCACCCAGCAACUCCUCUGUGAACAAUGGCCAGGUGGAGCUCUUUUGCAUUCAGAUAUGGCUUUGACCUGGGCAGUUACUUCCAUGACCAUCGACCCCUGGGCACAGGUGCUUCUGGCCUGGUGUUGUCUGCCAUUGAUAGGCGAUGUGGGCAAAGAGUGGCAAUUAAGAAGCUGGUACUGCAUGACCCUAUGAGCAUUAAACAUGCACUGCGUGAAGUCAAAAUCACAUGCCGGCUCCAGCAUGAGAACAUAGUAAGGGUGUAUGAAGCACUGGGCCCAUGUGGCCAGCCUUUGCCACACAACCUCGCCCAGCUCACAGAGAUCUAUAUUGUGCAAGAGCUUAUGGAGAUGGACCUGUCCCGGAUAUUGGAGCAGGGCCCGUUGCCAGCAGCCCAUGCCACUUUGCUUUUUUACCAGCUUCUGCGAGGUCUGAAGUUCAUCCACUCAGCCAAUGUGCUACAUCGUGACCUGAAGCCCGGCAAUAUCUUCAUUAACACUGAGCAGAUGCUGUUGAAGAUAGGAGACUUUGGAUUGGCACGCAUUGUUGACCCACACUACUCACACAAGGGCUACCUCUCAGAAGGGAUGGUGACUAAAUGGUAUCGCUCCCCUCGACUGCUGCUCUCUCCGAACAACUACACCAAGGCCAUCGACAUGUGGGCCGCGGGCUGCAUCCUGGCUGAGAUGCUAACAGGCCGAAUGCUUUUUGCAGGUGCACAUGAGCUGGAGCAGAUGCAGCUAAUUCUGGACACUGUACCAGUGUUUAGAGAAGAGGACCGACAGGAGCUGCUGAGAGUCAUGCCCUCCUCUAUCAACCACAACUGGGAGGUCAGGAGACCACUGCAAGAACUGCUUCCUGAGGUGGAGGAUGUAGCCAUAGAUUUCCUGGAGCAGAUCUUGACCUUUAAUCCAAUGGACCGUCUGACAGCAGAAGCAGCUCUGUCUCACUCAUUCCUCCGGCAAUAUUCCUGUCCACAGGAUGAGCCUGUGUCCCUCCAGCCCUUCCGCAUAGAGGACGAGCUAGAGGACAGUCUAGUUGGUGAACACGGUCACUGGGACAGUCUUUCAUCAGAUCUGUGCUGGAAGCAACAGGAGCAGUGUGACUGCAUACAGAGUGUGUCAGAAAUGGGCGAGACUGAGGAGGAUGAGGUCCAGAGAGAUCCACGAGCCAAUUCCUCCUCCCUCAUUGAGGAAGCUCUGGUAGACCCUGGUAAGCACUCUCACAGCAGCUCAGCAGAGCGCUUUCUUGAGCAGUCGCACUCAUCUUUGGAUAGGCUAUGCGGCCACUACCUGGAGCUGGACUGUGGGCGCUCCUGUGACUACAAAGUGGGUUCUCCUUCAUACUUGGAUAAGAUAGCAUGGAGGGAUGGGAAGCCCCAACACUAUUCUGAGCCAAAGCUGAUUCUGGAUUUGUCUCAUUUUAAGCGCAACACACUCCCCUCACCUAAAGGGGGCGAUUCUGAACAGCUUAUAACUGAGGAACCUGCUAAUUUGUUCCAGGAGAUUUCACGCUGGGCAGCAAGCACACAACUGGGCCUUCAUUCUCCCAGUUCACCUCAGGAACCUCCAAACUCACCAGGGUCUCCUCCUUUACCCAUUUCUCCUACCCUGUUUCCUCACUCACUCACAGGCACGCAGGCGCCUACUCUACUGUACACUUCCAAUGUUCUUCAACAUGGCAGGAGAAGUCCGGCUUCUUUCUUUUCUUCUUCUCCUCCUUUGUUCCCUUCUUCACCCUCUUCACCUACUCAAGAUUCAUUAACCCCGUUUCAAAACAACAAAGACUCUCCAACAGCUAGAGGAGAGGAACAUCCUCACUUUGACUUGGAUAUGUUCAUCUCACAAGUGAAACGUGAGAACAGUGUUACUUCUAAGCAGGGUAGCAUUAGUUGUACCUCUAGAAUCUCAGAGCACCAACCUUCCAGAACUCAGCCUACGACAGAUGUGGUCGAACCUCAAAGCUUUCACAAAGAACAAUGGUAGAAAAGUGAAGAGUUGAGAAGAUCUACAUAGAACUGAGUGACUGAACACCUAACGACUUAGUGCUGCUCUUGCAAGAUUGCAUAGUUUUUUUGUUUGACAUGAAUAUAUUAAACCUUUUUCUUUGUUUCUAAUAGCUCCUAAAAUACGGUCAGAAAUCACAAAUCGGCUCCCUCGCUGUUCUACCUAGUGUCCUUACACAAAAAAGUGCAAGGGCAUACUGCAGAAUUCUCACACAGAUGUUAGAGAAUUCUUAUGUGAAGCCUAGAAUCUAGAGCAUAUUUAACACCAACAAGCAAGAAAAAAAAGAGAGAGAGAGAAGUGAAUGCUAGUGUUUGCGCACAUUUUGGAGCCAUUUAUGCAGAAAUUCCAGAGUUCCAAAGUAUACAAACUUUUCUGUACAACAGAAAUGUUGCUGAAUGUAGUUUUACAGUUCUUCCAACAUUAUUUAAAUGCAUCUGCAUUGCAGAUAAAAUGCAUUCUGCAUAUAAGCUGCUUUUGAUACCACUGUAAUCUCCACCACCUUUGCAAUAGUAUACAGCAGUGGUUUGCUUGAUUACUGUUU